CGCAGGUGUCAUCAUUAAAAUGCUAGUUGCUUAGCGUCUUUUGCGUAAUUACUGUUAAAUUAUUUGGCGAGAAAUCUAAUAUCUGUUAUUUACUUGUAUUUAAGUUACCUGUCGGUUUUCAGAAACGUGUCCGGUUGGUUGUAAUCUAUCUCUAAAAAAGCGGCAUCGUUUACUGCUCGCUGCUAGUCCUUAGCCGAGUGCUAACAACACUGACGGCAAGUUACAUGCGUCUAGCACCGCUGUCAUUUCCAGGCAGCCGAACAGCUCGGAGGGAUUCUGACAGCCAUCUGCAGCAGACAUGGAGCUCCAAGCGGUGCUGAUGGCGGCGGGUGGGGGUUCUCGUAUGACUGAUCUCACAUACAACACCCCCAAAGCUAUGCUGCCUGUUGGCAACAAGCCCCUUAUGUGGUAUCCCCUUAACCUUCUGGAGAAGGUGGGAUUUGAAGAGGUGAUAGUGAUCACUACUAAAGAGGUCCAGAAGAUGAUGAGCACAGACCUUAAAAUAAAGGAUGUGAAGAUGAAACUGGAUGUGGUUUCUAUCCAGGAAGAUGGCGACAUGGGUACCGCUGAUGCUCUCAGACACAUCCAGCCAAAGAUCAAGACCGACAUCCUGGUGUUGAGUUGUGACUUGAUAACAGACGUGGCGCUUCACGAGGUGGUCGAUCUGUUCCGGGCGCAUAACGCGACAAUGGCCAUGCUAAUGAGCAAAGCCCACGAAUUCACAGAGACCGUCCCAGGCCAGAAGGGCAAGAAAAAGACAGCUGAGCAGAGAGACUUUGUUGGUGUUGAUCAGUCAGGAAAGAGGCUGCUCUUCAUGGCCAAUGAGGCAGAUCUUGAGGACGGACUAUCAAUCAGGAAAUCCAUUAUGAGGAAACAUCCCAGGAUGCUCAUCAAAACAGGCUUAGUGGACGCUCACCUCUACUGUCUGAAAAAGGCUGUCGUGGACUUCCUCACAGAAAACAAGUCUAUCUCAUCGAUCCGCGGAGAGUUGGUGCCAUAUUUGGUGCGUAAACAGUUCUCCAAAACUGUUAACAGCCAGAAACUGAAAGACGACACAGACGAUCAGACCCAGGAAAAAAACGACGGGCCUGCAAACCACGAGCUCCUCAUCUCAUCUCGGGACGAGCCUCUCCUCCAGCUGGCGCAGGAGCGCUCCUGCUGGAAUGACCACCGCGGUGAUAUGAGUGAGGCCUACCAUGGAGGAAAGCUGCGCUGCUAUGUUCACAUUAUGGACCAGGGUCUGUGCUGCCGGGUUAAUACUCUAGCUGCUUAUAUAGAGGUGAACCGACUGGCCCCAAAGCUGUUUGAAGAACCAUCAGUCCAUCCAUCUGCUGACAUUUCUGAGAGAUGUCAGAUGGGAUCAGAUAGUAUCAUCGGAGCUCUGUGCCACAUUGCAGACAAGACUUCCAUAAAAAGGUCUACUAUUGGAAACUCCACCACUGUAAAAGAGAAGGUCAAAGUCACCAACUCCAUCAUCAUGCAUGGCGUUACCAUCGAGGAGGGGUGUAAUAUCCAAGGCAGCGUGAUCUGCAGUAAUGCUGUUAUUGGCAGAGGAGCAGACCUCAAAUACUGUUUGGUGGGAAAUGGACAACACAUCGAACCAGAAGCUGAACGGACUAACGAGAUCAUCGUUGGAACAGACCAGCUCAUGGAGAUCUAGUUUUCACCUCAUUAACCAAUCCGAGUGCAGCAAAACACGGCCCUAAUUCCCCCAGCGGAUAGGCCAAUCAGAAGCCUAGACUUUGACCUCGAUUGGCUUUUUUGUACACAGUGUCCAAAUAAACUCAAGUCAACUUGAA